AUGGCUAUCAAGGCGGCGGACAUAGCGUUCGCGGAGGGUUACGACGAAGUCCAGUCCAUCAUCCAGGGCUUGUCCGACCAAAGCCUCUUUCGCAAGAUCCUUGAGGAUGAGUUAUCGAGACUGACGUCUUUGCACGACAACCUCAGCAGAGUUCCCAGACGCCGGAUCCCCGUAUUCGAACAGGAUGUUAAGCGGGUUGUAUUCAUGUCGAAGGUGCUCGGAGGCUUUCUCACAGACGAACGAGCCCAAGUGCCCGCGGUUUCAUCUUUGAUGCGCGUUACAGUCGUGGGGCAGGAACAAGAUGGGACUCCUGCCCGCACGGAUGAUAUCGCGGACAUUCAUGUCCAACGCGACGAAACCCCCACGACGCCUGUUGAGCCUACCCCCGCGUGUCCGAUUGUUCUUGAAAUACCUCAACCCCGUGCGAGCUUGCCAAAUGCAGAAUCGGCGCCCUCUAGCCGUCGCGCUGCAGCGCCGCGGAGCGAGGAACCAUCCCGGGAACUCAUGUCCGACGCUCAGGUGGAUCAGACACCUGAGCAAUCGUCUGCUCCCGCCCACAAUGCCACUGAAAGCACUCUCCAGCCAGGCCACGGCUUGUUGCUCGGAAGUACAAACAUAGGCAUGUGGAUCUUCAACACAUCGCAGGAGGCUCGCCCCGUCCGGUCGUUCCGGGACGAGCAUGGGCAGGUCAUCAUGGUCAUCGUUACUCCGGAGGACAGCCCAGUUACCAUUGAAACAUCUAUACCUCCCCGUCCUCGCGAGCGUUCUCGCGAGCUCGAUGAAGCGCGAUCGACCCCUUCUCGUUCUGAAGUUUUGGAUAAGAUGUUCGACCCUCAAACUAGUGGCUCCCACACUGAGCACCCGCCGGUAAUCGACGUCCGCGCUCCUUCUCCCCCGCCCACGCGACGCUCUCGCUCACCUAGGGCCCCUCUGCGGCGAUACGAGAGCAGCUGCGUAUCGCGCUCUUCGUUCCACGAAUCAGACUACGGGAGAACGAUGAACACUGCACAUAUCGCCGGCAACGAGUCAGUCAUCUCGCACUCAUACGUGCCCGCACCCAUCCAUGUGGAGGACCCGACUGGGGUGGCAUAUUCUCGCCGCGAUGACGCUCGGGCAAUUCAUGCUCAGAACGGCGAUGUUCGGGAAACGUACGGAUACCGAGACCAAUCUCGCUCCGCGGAAGGCGGCUCGCGCUACGCCAUAUCCGAAACUUGGCGAUUCCCUGCGCGCGAACAAGAGAGAGCGCCGGUGGGCAGGUCCAGCACGUCUUCAAGUUUUAGCCUUGAAUACGCCAGCCCUGAUCAACCCGUUAUCCCUCCUGUCUCCACGCUUGCUUCAUCUCGUCCUUCGCGCCUGAGCCUUGCUGCCCCCGCCUCCACCCAUGAAGACCGCCACCAAUACGCGCGAGGUGCUUCGCGGAUGCACCGCGCUUUCUCUUCCACGGACGCCGGUCGUACCCCGCUACUCCUCAACGAAGCCCAAUAUCCGUAUGGCGGGCACGUGCCAUCUGUCCACGCUACCGAUGCUUCCCCUCGUCCCCACUAUGGCCAGCAUGUCCGGCACGUCUCCGACACAUAUGUGUCAGGAUCGACUAGUGGCCCGUACGCCUUGAAUUCCAAUUCUCUGCCUGGACAUUAUACCACGCCGAUGACGGCCUGUAACGUAUGGGUUGGCGAUGAGCUACAACCCGCGCCCGAAGCUGCCAUGGCCGACUACCCUCACCUCCCAACUCCCGUGCAGCCUCACUUUCAACAAUCCGCUGCAGCAUCAGCGCAAGCUGUUCCGGCACACUUGCAGGACAUCUUGGCUCCGUCACCGACCAUCUACGCGCGCCCACCUGCAAUAGCAGGGCAUGUCUCGCCCGAGAUGACCGCCGCUGACUACCGCGCGCCACGGCCUCAAACUGACCUGCGAGACUACGGUCAUGGCCGCGAGGUUCCGAUCCGUACAGAGCUCUCGCCGCUGCAGGGGUAUAAUCUUCCCAGGCAACGCCUCGGCGCAUCAGGGGCGGGGUACGGGAUACGGCCCACCGACGUUUACGACACCCCGUCAUCCGCCUUGAACGAGCAGCUACCUGCAUGGUCUCCCUCCACUGCGUCUGAGGUACUUUCGGAUACUCCCCGAAACACCUUGUUCCCGUCGCCUCCUAAUACUGCUACGCUUAUUCGAGCGCCGAGGUUAGCGCAAAUCCCGCUGCCGAUGUCGCCUGGCAUAGCAGGUUCGUGGGCGAUGCAGUCGACGCCCUCUUCUCACCCAUCCGAGGUUGCGAACGCGGGAUACGGGCAGCACUCCGGAGGAGGGCAGCACGUCUUCCCCGAGCAGCUCGAUCAUGCACUCCUGAACCCAGAUCAAGAUUACAUGUUCACUUUGGAUUAG